AUGAAACCAUAAACCAAAUGGGUCAUUCUCUUUCUAACAAGCUUGUCUUAAUUCUCAUUCCGAGCCUUCGUGGAUUACCCAUCACUAUUGGCUACUGAGAUCAAGGAUCAUUUCCUCGUGAAUCAAUUUCAAAUAAACCUAUUGUUUUCAUUCAGAUCCUUUCCCAAUAUUGUUAUGCCCUUUGUUGGAGGAAUGUUGCUGGAUAGAUACGGAACAAGAAGAGGACUCUUUGGAUUUAUGCUGUUCAUCAUUUUUGGCACAUUUCUUUGCUACUUGUCAAUUAUUUUGAAUUGCUUCACACUGAUGCUCAUAGGAAGAUUCUUUAUGGGAUUAUUUUUGGAAAGUUGCUAUGUGGGAAUUUACAAAAUUUUAGCCAAGUGGUUUAAAGAGGCCUCAUUUGCCUAUAGCGUUGACACCGCAUUCAUUUGUGGCGGUACCAUUGCAUCUACAAUUCUGCUACCCUACCUAGUCAACAAUUAUAGCCUGGAUACGGCUAUAUUAUCGUGUCUUUUGCUCUCUAUGUUUUCAUUUAUCGGUCUGAAUACUGUUACAGCUAUUGAUAAGAUGUAUUAAGUCGAAGCCAAACAAGAGAGCAUGCCUCACUUUUCAUUCUCCUUAUUAACCUAAUUCAAUGUUGACUUUUACAUCAUUGCAUUGAGUUCCAUCUUCUGCUAUACAAGCUAUUACAUAUACUCCUACAAUAAUGCAGAAAUGUUUAAGACUAUGUAUCAUUUAUCAUCUUACUCUGCAGCCACACUCUAUGGACUGCCUUGUUACAUGGCUAUUUUCAUAGCUCCAUAUUUAGGUCAUUUGGUUGACAAACAUGGGUAUAGAAUGCAAGGAUUAUAAAUAACAAGCCUUAUUCAAAUGAGUGUGUUUUCAUUGGUGUAUCUCAUGCCAAAUUGUGAGACCACUUGUUUGGUAAUUCCUGCCAUCAGCUAAUUAUUGAAUGGAAUAUUUUUUGCUGCCUAUGUUGUAACCUUAUGGCCUUGCAUUCAAAUGGUGGUGUCUCCUUAAUUGUCUGGAACUGCCUUUGGCUUUGUCUAUUCGAGUAUUAGUGUGGGAAUUUCCUUUGCGUCCAUUUUUAUUGGCAAAGUAGUCUAAGAGGAAACCUAAGCCUCUUACUCUAAUAUGUUGGGAAUUCUACUCCUGAUUUCAUUCUUAGGAGCCUCAAUGAAUUAUCUGCUCUUCUACAGAGACUCAAAAUAUUUCAACAACAAAAAAUAUGUAAUAUCACAAAAUAGCACAGAAUUGGAAUUGAAAAUGCUUGAUUGA